UUUUCCAGCUCUACGCCAAAGUGCACGUUGUGUGCCACGCAAAAUCGCCGCAAAUUGGUUUGAUUUCUGAUAUAAAAGCCAUGGGAAAGAGACUGGAGCGGAGCGACGUUUGCCGUGUGCCGGAGAACAUUAAUUUCCCGGCGGAGGAGGAAAACGUAUUGCAGAAGUGGCGAGACGAAAAUAUCUUUGAAAAGUGCAGCCAGCUGUCAAAGGGAAAGCCCAAAUACACAUUUUACGAUGGACCGCCAUUCGCCACUGGGCUGCCUCACUACGGACACAUCCUGGCGGGCACCAUCAAGGAUGUGGUAACCCGGUACGCUUACCAGCAGGGAUACCAUGUUGAUCGACGCUUCGGCUGGGAUUGCCACGGCCUGCCCGUCGAGUUUGAGAUCGACAAAUUGCUAAACAUUCGCGGCCCCGAAGACGUGGCUAAGAUGGGCAUCGCUGCCUACAACGCCGAGUGCCGGAAGAUCGUUAUGCGGUACGCGGAUGAGUGGGAGAACGUGGUGACGCGCGUCGGCCGCUGGAUCGACUUUAAGAACGACUACAAGACCUUGUACCCAUGGUACAUGGAGUCCAUCUGGUGGAUCUUCAAACAACUCUUCGACAAGGGGCUAGUCUACCAGGGCGUGAAGGUGAUGCCCUAUUCCACUGCCUGCACAACAUCGCUGUCUAACUUUGAGGCUAACCAAAACUAUAAGGAGGUCGUGGACCCUUGUGUAGUGGUUGCCCUUGAAUCCGUUUCGUUGCCCAAUACUUACUUCUUGGUGUGGACCACCACGCCCUGGACGCUGCCCUCCAAUUUUGCGUGCUGUGUGCAUCCCAAGAUGACCUACGUAAAGGUGCGCGACGUUAAGAGCGACCGCCUCUUUGUCCUUGCCGAGUCGCGUCUCUCCUACGUGUACAAAUCUGAGGCAGAGUACGAGAUUAAGGACAAGUUUGCUGGCAAGACCCUUAAGGAUCUACACUAUAAGCCGCUGUUUCCGUACUUCGCGAAACGCGGCUCCGAGGUGAAGGCGUACCGCGUAUUGGUCGAUGAGUACGUCACCGAGGAUUCCGGCACGGGCAUCGUUCACAAUGCUCCGUACUUCGGCGAGGACGAUUAUCGCGUAUGCCUGGCGGCGGGACUGAUAACAAAGUCCAGCGAAGUUCUCUGUCCAGUUGACGAAGCGGGACGGUUCACUAAGGAGGCCAUCGAUUUCGAGGGUCAGUACGUUAAGGAUGCUGACAAGCAGAUCAUGGCCGCUUUAAAAGCACGAGGAAACCUUGUGUCUAGUGGCCAGGUGAAGCACAGCUACCCUUUCUGCUGGCGUUCAGACACGCCGCUAAUCUAUAAGGCCGUGCCAUCAUGGUUUGUACGUGUCGAGCACAUGUCUAAAAAUUUGCUAGACUCUAGUUCGCAAACGUACUGGGUUCCGGAUUUCGUCAAGGAAAAACGAUUUGGGAAUUGGCUUAAAGAAGCUAGAGAUUGGGCUAUCUCUCGGAAUCGCUACUGGGGCACGCCCAUUCCUAUCUGGAGGUCGCCUAGUGGAGAUGAGACCGUGGUCAUUGGCAGCAUCAAGCAGUUGGCUGAACUAUCCGGUGUCCAAGUGGAGGAUUUGCAUCGCGAAAGCCUUGAUCACAUCGAGAUACCGUCGGCGGUGCCCGGAAACCCUCCAUUACGCCGCAUAGCUCCUGUUUUCGACUGCUGGUUUGAGUCCGGUUCUAUGCCAUUCGCACAACAGCACUUUCCAUUCGAGAACGAAAAGGACUUCAUGAACAAUUUCCCAGCCGACUUUAUUGCAGAGGGCAUAGAUCAGACCCGCGGCUGGUUCUACACUCUUCUUGUGAUUUCCACAGCUCUGUUUAACAAGGCUCCGUUUAAAAACCUCAUUGCUAGUGGGUUGGUUUUGGCCGCUGACGGGCAGAAGAUGUCCAAACGCAAGAAGAACUAUCCCGAUCCCAUGGAGGUGGUCCACAAGUACGGAGCAGAUGCCCUCCGACUGUAUCUUAUCAAUUCGCCCGUGGUGAGAGCUGAGAGUCUGCGCUUCAAGGAGGAGGGUGUGCGCGACAUCAUUAAGGAUGUGUUUUUGCCCUGGUACAACGCUUACCGUUUCUUGUUGCAAAAUAUUGUUCGCUACGAGAAGGAGGACUUGGCUGGAAAGGGGCGGUACACCUAUGACCGUGAACGCCAUUUAAAGAACGUGGAUAAGGCCUCUGUUAUUGAUGUGUGGAUUUUGUCUUUCAAAGAGUCCUUGCUGGAGUUCUUUGCCAACGAGAUGAAAAUGUAUCGCCUGUACACCGUUGUGCCCAGACUAACUAAGUUCAUUGAUCAACUAACCAACUGGUAUGUGCGACUUAACCGUCGACGCAUUAAGGGAGAAUUGGGAGCUGACCAGUGCAUUCAAUCACUGGAUACGCUCUAUGACGUUCUAUACACAAUGGUCAAAAUGAUGGCACCGUUCACACCUUACCUUACGGAGUACAUUUUCCAGCGGUUGGUAUUGUUCCAGCCAGCGGGUUCCUUGGAACAUGCUGACUCAGUUCACUACCAAAUGAUGCCCGUCAGUCAGAGCAAGUUCAUUCGAAGCGACAUCGAACGAUCGGUGGCCCUGAUGCAAUCAGUUGUCGAGCUGGGACGCGUCAUGCGAGAUCGACGAACCUUGCCCGUUAAGUACCCAGUUUCGGAGAUCAUCGUUAUUCACAAAGAUGCACAAACCCUGGAGGCUAUUAAGAGCUUGCAGGACUUUAUUCUCAGCGAACUUAACGUUCGAAAACUCACGCUGAGUUCGGACAAGGAGAAGUAUGGUGUCUCAUUGAGAGCAGAGCCUGAUCACAAGGCGCUUGGUCAGCGGCUUAAAGGCAACUUUAAGGCAGUUAUGGCUGCUAUUAAGGCGUUGAAGGACGAUGAAAUCCAGAAGCAAGUGUCACAGGGCUUCUUCCAAAUCCUGGAUCAAAGAAUAGAGCUCGAUGAAGUUCGCAUCAUUUAUUGCACCUCUGAGCAGGUGGGAGGUAACUUUGAAGCUCACAGCGAUAAUGACGUUCUGGUGCUGCUGGACAUGACGCCCAAUGAGGAGCUGCUUGAAGAGGGGUUAGCUCGGGAGGUUAUCAACCGGGUGCAGAAACUGAAGAAAAAGGCACAACUUAUUCCGACUGACCCAGUUCUCAUCUUCCACGAGCUAAUUGCUGAUAGUAAGGCUAAGAAGGAGGCCUUGGAGGCUCAUGCUCAGCUUACAAAAGUGUUAGCCAGCUACGCCAAUAUGAUCAGGACUGCUGUAAAGUCGGAAUUCGCUCCUUACUCGACUGAGAAAGCCGCCAAGAAACGGCUAAUUGCUAGCGAGCUCGUUGACCUUAAAGGAGUUGGCUUAAAGUUGACUAUCUGCUCUACCGAGGAAUUGCAGCUUCCCAGUCUGCCUUGGUUGAAUGUAACCUUGGGCGAGGGAUUAAAUCCACGAUUUGGAAACGGCAACAGAGCAUCACUAUUUCUUCAGCAUAACGUGAGCAAGGAAAUUAUCUCACUGCCUGUGCUUCGCAGCGAGCUGGAGCACUUGUUUGGCCUUUACGGAGUCAACUUCAAUAUCUAUGUUGUAGAUCAGCAGAAAAAGGUGACUGAAUUAAAGUCCAUCGACAAAAACCUCAGUGGCAAAUUGUUGGUCCUAACGCGCAGCCAAGACACACUGAAGCAGGCAGCGGGCUAUGAAAUAGCCCCCGCUCCUUACUCCAAAUUCGUUAAUCAGCCUUCAGGAAAUUCUGUCUUUACUGAAAACCCAUUGGGUCGUACCUUAUGUUAAACCCUGAACUUUUUGGUAUUUAUUUGAAAAAGAAUCGAAAACAAAAUAAACGUUGUCAACUUUUUGAAAAAGUUA